AUGUCUGCGGCCGCCAAGCUGGGGCUGAGCGCCGCCGUGCGGGCGGUCUCCACGAAGAAGACCUUCUUCUCCAACCGAGCGGCCAUCUCCCUGACGCCCGCCGCCGUCAGUCGCAUCAAGACGCUGAUCAAGGAGCGCCCUGAUGUGAUCGGCCUGCGAGUGGGCGUUCGCCAGCGCGGCUGCAACGGCCUCGCCUACACCCUCGACUACGCCACCGGACGGGAGAAGUUCGACGAGGAGGUGGUGCAGGACGGCGUCCGCCUGCUGGUGGACAAGAAGGCGCAGCUGACGCUGCUGGGCACGCAGAUGGACUACGUCGAGUCGAAGCUCAGCUCGGAGUUCGUCUUCCACAACCCCAACAUCAAGGGCACCUGCGGCUGCGGCGAGAGCUUCACGGUCUAG